UUCCACUCUCAGCUCUUCUCAAUUUCUUUCCCUUAAUUCAUAUUCAAUAUAAUAUAUUACAUGGAGAGCAACACCAACACUGCCAACCCAAACUCGCCCGAUUCCUCCCGAGAAUUCGGGGACGAUUUCGACCCCAUGUACCGCUCACUUUUCCCGCCAAAAUACACACUUCCAAGCUCCCUCUCUCUCACUCCCUCCACUCGCUCCACAUCCUUCUCGGAUUCAGACUCCGACGACCAUCACCGCCACAGUACGACGUCGCACAACCUCAACCAGGCUCAGCUGGUCCUCGAGUACCAGGAGCUCCGCGACCACUACGACCUCUGCAACUCUCACCUCCGCAACCUCACUAACGAGCUCGACUCACUCCGCCGCGAGAACGCUCAACUCCGAUCGGCGAAUACUGACCUCGUCAAGCUCCUCUCUUCGCAGGCAGCCUUCCAGAGCUGCCUCCUCUCGUCAUCGUCAUCGUCCGCAUUUCAGAGUCCGAUGGCGGCAUCGUUUCUCGACGACUUUCAGCGACUCGGAUUUGGAUAUCUCAGUCCUCACGACGGUGUCAUUUCGGAAGAGUCCUCUGAUAUCAGUCCGACAAGCGUCAUCGAGCGUAACCGACUCGUCGACACAGACCGGAUCUCCCUCCCCAAGAGCAUUUCGGUUCGCUCCUCGACUCGGCCACGAGUCCCUAAUCAACUCGUUUCUAGACCGUUGACUCAAAGCGAGAUGAAAGUGUUCAAUCAGGGCAUGCUGAAGACGGAGUUGUGCAACAAGUGGGAGGAGACCGGGACGUGUCCGUACGGGGAGAAUUGCCAGUUCGCUCACGGCGUUAGGGAGCUCCGUCCCGUGCUGAGGCACCCGCGCUACAAGACUCAGCUCUGCCGGAUGGUGUUAGCUGGCGGCGCGUGUCCUUACGGUCACCGGUGCCACUUCCGUCACUCGCUUACUGAGCAGGAGAAGCUGCAGCUGGCCAUCUCAGAAUCGUUUUGAAACAUAAAAAAGAAUGAGAUCGACCAAAUACAUUUUGCUUUAAUGUAAAUAUAUUAUUUGUACGGGGGAAAAAAAAAAAAAAAAAACCAGCCAUCAUAAAAUUUGAGGCAGUAAUAAUGGAGGAAUUAAGUAAAUUACUUUAGUGCAUGCAUGGCCCCAUGCAUUGCUGGGAGGGAAAUGUGAAUUUUGAUAUAUUACUUUAGGAUCCAGCUUAAAUGUAGAGAAUCGGGAUCCAGUACUUUAUUUGUGUUUAAUUAAUAAAUAUUUGAAA